GCAUACACUCCUCUAUUUUGGUAUUGGCGUGCUUGUAACUGAAGAAAUGGCCGCUUCUGUGUAUUAAUUAGUGGGAGAUAGGGAAGCCAUAAAAUGAACAUGAAUACGUCAAUAUUUGAUGAGGCGGUGAUGAACGCGGACUACAUGAAGUACAUAUUCCCGCACAUCCAGACCCAGGCUGCGGAAGUUGUUGACUUGUGCACCAAGCACCAGAUGGUUCAGAAACCACCGCCCAUCCUCUUCUGCGCCAUGAAGCAGAAGUCCAAGGAGGAGAUGGACCAGCAGGCCUCAUCGGUGUUCAUGAUGACCUCGCACUGGAUGAUCCCCACCCUCAAGGACAAGCUCAAAGAGGAGCAGCAGCAGCAGCAGCAACAGCAACAACAGCAGCAGCAGCAACAGCAGCAGCAACAGCAGCACCAGCAUCAGAUAAUGCCGGGCGUGAUGGUCCCGCAGAAGAAAUCCCGCAAGAAAGAAAAAAUCCAGGCAGUUGAUCAGUUCACUAUGGCCUGUUUAACUUCAGAUCCGAACAUGUGUCAGCAGGAUGUAAAAGUUGUAGCAGGGCCGUGCGGCGACGAGGCGGGCAACAAGCCCCUGAUCUACAGCCCGGAGAUGCUCGUGGCCAACCCCCUGAUGUACCAGGACCCGGCGCUGAGGCCCCGCCCCCCGCCCAGCGCGCCCAAGGAGAAGCUGUUCCCCUGCCUGCAGUGCCUCAAGAGCUUCUCGCGCAAGGACAAGCUGCAGAUACACAUGCGCAUCCACUCCGGGGAGAAGCCCUACUCCUGCACGGCGUGCGGCAAGAGCUUCGCGCGCAACGACAAGCUGCAGCUGCACACGCGCAUCCACACCGGCAUCCGGCCGUACAUCUGCACCGUCUGCACCAAGACCUUUGCGCGCAAGGAGAAGCUGCAGAUACACAUGCGCAUUCACACGGGCGUGCGCCCGUACACAUGCUCCGUGUGCUCCAAGAGCUUCGCGCGUAACGAGAAGCUGCACAUACACAUGCGGAUACACACCGGCGUGCGCCCCUACUCCUGCACCGUCUGCCCUAAGACCUUUUCGCGCAGCGAGAAGCUAACCAUCCACAUGCGCACACACACUGGCGUGCGGCCCUACACGUGCAAGCUGUGCCCCAAGGCAUUUGCUCGUAACGAAAAGCUGAAGAUACACAUGACGGUUCACACCGGCAUCAAGCCGUACCUGUGCACCGUCUGUCCGAAGGCGUUCGCCCGCAACGAGCGCCUGAAGAUCCACAUGCGAACGCAUACGGGCGAUCGACCGUACUCCUGCACCAUUUGUUCCAAGAGCUUCGUGCGCAACGAGAAGCUGCAGAACCACAUGCGUACUCACAGCAACACUCGCGCUCACCAGUGCACCAUGUGCCCGAAACACUUCGCCAGCAAUGCGAAGCUUCAGGCACACAUACUGACGCAUGGGGUGAGCGUGAGUGUGGCCCCGGUGCAAAUGCCACAGCCUCAGCAACAGACACAACCACAGUCACAACCACAAUCUCAACCACAGCCACAACCGCAGCCACAGACUUCGCACCCGCAGACCUCGUGCGAAGUCUGUGUCAAAGGUUUCGGCAUACCCAUUGACCAUCAGGCCCAUCUCCACCAGCAUAGGUGAUAGCUAAAUUUGUAAUCAGCCAUGUAAUAUGGUUUUUUACAAUGCAUUUUGUCUUGCCAUGUUUCAUCUAUUGAAAAAAUUGCGUGUACGCAGAUCCGUUGUACAAGGUACAAUGCAAGUUGUCUAGGGACACAUCUGCAAUUCAUUCAUUAAGAAUCUCUCUGGACUAAAUAUUAGGGCUGCUGGUACAGUUAGCCACAUCUCUAAAUAUUGUAUUUUGUAUUUAAUGUUUUUGUAUGCCUUUAGUUUUUUAUUAUUUGCGACUGUAAAUAUUGUACAUAAUUGUGUACAAAUAAUAAGCGUACUCUUAAUAUAAAAUGGAUUUUUACAUUUUCUUAACAUUUUGCAUCCAGCUUAAUAAUAAGCUACAAACUUGUUUUAUUCAAAAAUUGACAUAGCUAGUCCUUUUUAAAUUAGAAUAAAUAUUGAUUCUUUUGGUGUUAUCAGCAUAUUGAUUAUUCUUUCCAGAUACAUGCACAAAGUUAAUGAACAUUGCAACGAGGAAGUUUGAUUUAGAAUUUUUUUUUACAUACACCAUUGCUGAUUAACUCUGUUAUAUAAAACCUUAAUAAUAGACAAAAAAAAAUAUGAAUACGCAAAUAAAUACACAGAAAACAUGCUAAAAUCAGCAGAUGUAAAAAGUUAAAUGCUUGGGCAACACUAAGAAUUCAAUGAAAGGAAUGAGAAAAAUAUUGCAGCUUAGACAAACAGUAGUCUGACAACAAGAUAUUUGUAACUAGAAUAGUAAAUAAAGACAAAAAUGACUAGACAACCCUGCAACAGACAGACGAACCCAACGAUGAUAUUAAACAGAUAAUGUGGACAAUGCAACAACACAGAGAUACACUUGCAUUUUAACUUGCACUGUACAUUUAGCUUUUGACAUUGGCUGAUUUUGGCAUGUAUUCUGUGUGUUAGCAUGUUCAUAUCUUUGUCCUUUAUUGAGGUUUCUUAUGAGACAGAGUAACCUGCAAAGGCAUAUGUCAAAAAUAAAUAAAUUAGAACAUUAUGUGCUGUUCCCUUGGGACAGUUUCUUAUUCCAAGAACUAAUGCUAAGUAUAGUUGAGAGAUAACACCUACUAUCAUGUGAUUCCCCCAAAUCAGUUUUCUUCAACUUUUUGAUAACAAAUUUUUUAUUGUAAUAACACCAUGCGUGUUUGAAUGAACUGUUGCUUUACUAUCUUCUAAGCUGCUGUUGAAUUCAGCGUUUUGCGGAGUUGCGAUUCCAAAAUUCUUAGGAAGCUAUUGCCAGUGAUGUGUGUUGAUUAGUCCCAUGAACAGUGUUCCCGGGUCCCAAACUUGCACGUAAUUCGCCAUACGUAAUUUAAGAUAUUUACAAAGUAGUUUAAAAUUCAAACAAAUGCAAAAUAUACUGUGUAUUGCAUUGAUUUCAAAGUUGCCAGACAGUCGUAACUAAGGAAUCGGUGGUAAGGGUAUCUGGGUUUGUAUUUAUGGAGAGAGAUAUUGGUGCUGCCUUGGCAUUUGUGUGUAAUAUCCGCAGCGAGUAACUUCCGAGAAUUCUUUUUUAGUAAACCAAAACUCUGUUUUUGUUGCAGUUUAGUGUACAUUUAUUUUGCCUGCAUUCAAAAAUAUUGUGGUGCAAAGAUGGUCAUAUUCAUUGCCAAUUUAUCAUACACCAGCCUCAGUUGCCAUAUCAUUGGUUUUAAUACUUUUAAUCUCCUUUGUUGACAGUUUAGGAUAUCAAGCAUUUGUUAUACAGUUGAGUCACGCUAAUCCAGAUUAAAUGGGACCGUGCCCUAUCCGAAUCUCCUAAGUCAGAAUUUAACGGAAUUUGCCUUAAAGUGCACGUACACAAGUUUUAGAUGGGUAAACCUAUAUAAAUGAUUUUUUUUUUUCCAUAAAUGUGUUUCCUACAGCUUAAUUUUAAUAAUAGAGCUAAGAUUUUAACCAUUGAACUGAUGUAGGAUUAACAUAACAAACCAUCUUAAUGAUUAAAAUUUAUUUUUUUAUUAUUUUUUUUUUCCAUCCGGGGUGACCUGGUUUCCAUGUGAGUGGGGUCGGAAUAAUGGAACUCAUAUAUAUUUAUUGUGUAGAGAACUCUAUUAUAUAUUUUAUGAAGUAUGAGUUUAUAUUUUUACUAAUACACAUUUUAAUUUCGUAUACUUUAUUUAUACUAUAACCUGAAUAAGUGCGUAGGAAAACAUAUUCGUGUGUGGCUUGCAAAUGCGUUGAAAACAAUUUUAGGUGAUCGUAAAUGCUAUUAUAAAUGCCAUAUAUAUGAAUACUUUUUAAAAUUAUUUUAUUUUACAUUAUUGCUAAGCUUUCAGUAACAUGGUGACUUCAUUUGAAAUGAGAAAAGCAUUUACCACCUUUGUCCUUGUUCUGUGAAAUUAUUUUGCAUUCUGCUUUUAGCAGUUAAAUUUAUGCCAUACUCUUUGCCUUGCUAGACCACCAAAAUAUUGAGAAAAGUUGGCAGAAGAGUACCAUUUUUUUUACUUCAUGAACUAUACUUACGUGAUUCAGGAUUCUUCCUGUGUAUUUCAAGCCCAAAAAUCGUGAGUCAUUUGAACUAGAAUGGAGAGGAAGAAGACUUGAAGGCAGGAUAAGGAGAAAAAUGAGAACAGCAAGUAGAAGGAGUAUGGAACAAUUGCAAACACUCGCAGAAUGUGUUGAUGGAGGAAUGGUGCGAAAAUAAAUUAAAAUGAUGGCAGUUAACUUACCUACUAGGAUUUCCUGUCUGCAAGAUUGAAAUGUUGGGAUGAUGAUCUGUGAUCCUUCUGUUAUAGUCUCCAUAUUAUGGAAUUUCUUAAAUCCCAGUGAAUUCAAGUGCAUCUGUCUUCAAAGGUGAAAAUUAUUUUCAAUAUUAAGGUAUUCUUGAAUAGUUUACUACUACUUAUCUAAUCACUGCCUCUUAUGCCAUUAAAAAAAAUUUGUUGGUAAUCUUGCUUGGAUUCUGUAUGUUAUGCUAGGCUCAAUAUUUAAAAAUGUUCGGUUAUUUAAAUUUUAUUACAGGAGUUAGGAAGAAGUGCCUUGAAUCUAACAAGCCAACGCUGACCUGUAUGUGUGUCUUCAGCUUCUCGUUGCGUGCGAAGGCCAUGGGCUGUCCACAGUUGCUCGCUCGUUGGGAACUUACAACACUGAUACACUUUUAAGAAAAUGUAUUCACGAAUAUGUCGAAGAAAUUCGUGAAAAAUUUUUAUGUUUAUUGGUUGAAUUUAUGCUGAAAAACCAGGGUUAAAAAAAAGUUUUUUUUUUUUUAACUGGCCCUUUUUUAUUACGUUUGUUAUUUUGGUUCUCAGCAUGUUCAAAUGAAAGCCAUACGAUAUCCUGCUUUCUGCCACUCAUGUUGAACCAGAAAAGUUAUAACGUCAAGGAACUAAAGUCCAGCAAAUCUGCACGUUGACUGGGACUUAACAGCAGAAGAGGAUUCUCCAUAGAGUGAGUGCACAUUCUCACAGAAUGGGGAUUUACAGGACAGUCUGUGAUUUCCCACAGAAUAGGAAUUAACUAUUUCAUAUUUUUAAUUUUAGAGGAAUAUUUAGCUGGGUAUGAUUUACAGCUUGAUUAGUGUACAAUUGUUUGUUCCUGUAAAUCAAAAGAAACAUUAAUGACCAAAAUGUUAUUAGAGUGAAAUUAGACCUUUUAAAAAAAAUUAAGAUAUUCUAUUUAAAAGUACAUGUUUUUAAAUUUGUUUUUUUUUAUAUAUAAAAAAACACUUGUUUUAAACCAACCAACCCUGUGAAAAACUUAUAUUUCCUUUAGAAGCCCAUGUUUUAAUAUUUUUGUAGUUUUUUUUUUAUGUACAUGUUUGCACCACAGUAAAACGUAAGUUUUAAGUAAAGUUCUCUGUAUGAUCUUUAAUACUCACGCGAGGUCUGGCCGAUCAAACGUUUAUAUAGUCUUUAUUAUGGCCCGUGCUCUCUGACGAAGGAUCUCUGGAAUCUUGGGUUUACUGUCUUGUUUCUUAAACAUGUUGCGGGAUUGUUAUUAUUUAUUCGCACUGCAUCUGUUUUCUGUGUGUUCUCUGAAGUUCAUAGAGUUGGGCUGCCAUUGACACUUUAUUAUUAGCAUAAAAUAUUACUUAUUGUGUUAUUUUGGUUUUGAGUGAUGAUGUCUGCGUGUGUGCAUGUGUACAUACAGACUAUGUGUGUGUAUUUGUACACACACGUGUAUACCAACACACAGGGAUGGCUCCAGGGCCUUCACCAGCUCUUUUUAUUUUUAUUGUUCGAUUAGUUUUCUGUAAAAUUGUAGACAUUGAAGGAAAAAGGAAUAAUUACUACAUAUUAGCGUGUAAUUUAAAAAUGCUGCUUAAGUUUUCGGACAAAAACAGUUUUUGUUGCCUUAUAAUGAUGAGACACCACCAGAUUUUGAUCAUUAGCAUUUAUGAAACUAGACAAAGUAUCUUUUGACAGGAUACAAUAUCAUAAUUUCUUAAGAUAAAUUAGCUAAACCUUCAUCAAAAUGUAGUUGCAGGUUGGCCUUAAAAUGUUGUUUGAAAGAGUUAAUUUUUUAGUUUUCCCUGGGGAGGGUCCUAAACCUCAUUUUUCUCUGAGGGCUGUUCCAUAACCCGAAACCCAAUAUUAGGGCCCUUCAGAGUCUAGGAAUGUGUCUGCCAACAUGUGCAUUGAUCCUACUGAGCAUUGCUAAGAACUUCUGAGUUAAUUUGUCUUAUCAUUUAUGUUAAGUACAUUUUGGGAAGAAGAAAUUGAAGAAAGAGUUCGAAGCCUCUUAUUCAGUUCCCAAAUGUAUAAUAAAGACAACAUUCUGGGAGGUUGCACGGUCAAUUUGUCUAAUUUCAACUGUCUUGAACCUUAUAUACUUUUUAAUUUUUGUAUUCCAUUUCAUCAACGUGAUGCAAAUGUUUGUGAUGACACUAUUACAGUAUUUUAACUUCUAAGUGCACGUUGAGCAGGAAGUAAAGGUGCAGAAUGAUGCAAGGUACAAAUUCUUAUAAGUCGUAAGUUGACAGUCUGUCAAUUGCAAACAUUAAAAUUUGUGAAUCUAAUUUCUUCUAAUCUCAUAUGAUUUUUAAGAGUGCUGUGAAUUCAAAUCGUAGGUCUCAAAAGUCAAGAAUAAAAUAAUACUUAAGCAAAUAACAUAGAUUUUAAGUUCUGAAGAAAAAACAUAAAACCCACCAAACUUUUUAUUUUAAAAUUUAAAAUAUGCUUUUUAAUAUGUUUACCAUCUAAAUAAUGACUUUUCAUGUCAUAAAUGUCCCUAGAUCAUUGUAGCUGGUAGCAGACAAACAUUGCUACACAGGUACUAGUUUUCAAAAAAAUUUCAUUUUUUUUAGAAUAUUUUUCUUUGUAUAUCGAAUCUUUCAAACUCUAAAGAUUCAAUGUUAUCUGAGGAAUUGAUUUGCCCAUCCCUAGUAUAAAUACAGUAAAACUAAUGUUUUCUUUGUCCUUUUUAUGAUUUUAUUUAAUGAAUCAUGUGGUAAAAGAGUUUGUCAGGCAACUUUUACAUAGGUUUUGAAAUGCAACAAAUGAUAAGCCUAGCAUAUUUUGUACACGUUAGUACUGUGUACUGUUACGUAGUUGAAGUUUGCUGGAUUGGAGAGAGGGCUUGAUGCUGGUGUGAACCCAAGUGUGUAUCUUGCUUGAUGCUGGUGUGAGCCCGCAUGUGUAUCUUCAGCUUCUCGUUGCGUGCGAAGGCCAUGGGCUGUCCACAGUCGCUCGCUCGUUGCGUGUUCACCACCCUGACACACUUCUCCCAUUACAUAGGUACUUCAGAUAAAGUAUUCACGAGUAUGCUGAAGAAAUUCGUGAAAGUUAAUUAUGUUUAGUGGUAUGCAUGCAUGGCUUCCAAACUAAGGAAUGCAAAUGAACUUAUGAACUAAUUCCAUUGGAAGGGGUUCAGAUUUUAAAAUUCUUUGAAAAUUUGUUGUUGGAGGUAAGUAUUAUUUUGUUUUAUGUGUUUGUAAAUCUGUUAUUGUAAGUAUGUUUUUAAAAAAAAGGCACAUAUUUUUAUUUAUCAUUGACAUUUAUUUCUUGUUCAUCCACCAUUUACAAAAAAAGACAAGGAAAUUUUUUUGACAGGAAUGCUUUUUGCUAGAGACUACACUAAUCAGCUAAAAGAUCAUCUUUCAUUAUAAUGCUCUAUACUCAUAAUAAUUUAUGAUUCUGAGUAAGUUUUAUUGUAAAUAAAUUAGUGAGCAUCUGUUGUCUUUCCAUUUUGCUAUAAGCCAUCAUACUUCGUUGCAAAAUUCAGUUUCACGUUUGUCUAGAGAGAAAAAAUUUAAUUAUGUUGCUGCUCUUGAGCAAGUUAAGGAAGAUGCUAUCUAAUUGCAUUAUAUAGAACUAUCAUGCAUGUAGGUACAAUGCUUUACGUAGUUUCUUAGUUUUGCGACCUCUCCUUUAAAGUGUACCAUUGAAGGUACCUUGUGCCAUAUUUUCUAAUGACCGUUAUGGUUUGUCGGUACAAUUAAUCCUGCUAUAAACGUGUUCGUAUUCUGUGAAAAUUAUUUGUAAUUCACUAUAAAGUUGUGAAAUAAAAGCCAAUGUUACUUUCAGAAUAAUAAUUUUAAAUUUAUGUUGACAUUGCUUAGCACACAUUUUGAUUUAACAUAUAACGUUUUGAGAUAGAGAUUCUUACGGCACGUCAGACUUUAAGGUCCCGGUUUUUAAUCCUGUAUUUAUAAUGAAGUUGAGGGUUGAACGUUCCUCUUUUUUUCCUCUAAUAGUAUUUCACUUCUGUAAACGAAUUCGCAACAUAAUCAUUGUAUACUGUGUUGGUUUAAAGUUAACUUGUCUUCAUUCACAACAAUUUUUGUUCCUAAUUUUUUUUCCCAUCGAGUUACAUUUUGUUAUGCAUGGAUUAUGAGAUGUGCCACAAAUUAUUUUUGUAAGGGGUUUUAGGAACCUAACUUCUAGGUUUAAAAUGUAACUUUCAUAAGAUUUCUUUCUAUUAAGAUACAGUUUCAGGAACAUUAUAGCAGGAAAUAUUGUAAGUUCAUGCUACCCUUCCAUCAUCAAGUAUAAUAUAUGUUAACAUCUUUACAUUGCUGGUAUAUUUUCAAUGGUGUAAUAAACAUUUUUCAGUUACUUGAAACUUAUUGCAGUAUUACAACUUGGAUAGACUGCUAAUAAUAAUAAUAAUAUUGCACUGUCAGUAUUUCUGUCACAUUAAAGAUCCUGUAUCCAAGCUAUUUACAUAAAAGUAACAUUUCUUUGAAAUAAAAUGUGUGUUUGAUAACAUUGAUGCAUAUAAGCUUUUGUGUAGUACUGAUUGAAAAAUAAAAGUGUUUAAUGUUAUUACAUAGAUGGUGUUUAAUGAUUAAAAUAAACAUGUACAUAGUUAACAGAAUGUAGCAUUAAUGUGACAUUAACUGGCUUGUGUAGAGGUUUGAUGUACCAUAGGAAGAGCUUUUUGUAUUGGAUUAGAAAUUUUUGAUCAAUACAUUGUCUUUCAUUAGUGUUUUUAGUUUUUAAAAAAAUUUUCUUAUGCAAUUUAUAGAUUUUUAUAUUUUAGUGUGUAAAAAAUAAUUUAAGUCUUUUUGUUUGUUUCUUUUUAUUGUAAUUACAGUUCUCUGCCAAUUGUCCGAAAUUUUGAGACUGACAUAAGAAACAUGCAACAUCUUUUUUUUUUCUCUUAAAAACAAAGUGUUUGAAUUAUUACCCUGGAUUCUUUAGAUGCAAGUUAGAUUAGGGGUGGAAAAUUUGAUUUUUUACUUCUUUGUUCAUCAAAGGAAAGCAUUUAGAACUAUGCAUGUUUGUUAAUCCUUAUUCACUUAUUAGAGAUUUGCCAGUGAGUUAAUCAGGAUUGUGCCACUGAUUAACUAGAAUUUAUUCAACUGAUUGCCUUGUUAGGUUGGUGCAACCAAGUGCUAUCAUUAGGCAAGAAUAAAAUAAUUGCAAUCUGCGAUUAUGAAGGUAUGAAAUUACUGAUAACAUGCUACUCACGCCUCACCUCAUGACAUGAAUUCCAUUAAUAUGUGACCGGAAAGUAAUUAUUAAAAUUUAAAAACGUUGACAGCCAUAUGCAGAGAUUUGCCUUUUCCUUUUAAGUUACCUAAAAAUCGAUUUUUAUAUAUAUAUAUAUAUAUAUAUAUAUAUAUAUAUAUAUAGAGAGAGAGAGAGAGAGAGAGAGAGAGAGAGAGAGAGAGAGAGAGAAAAGGAAGCAGUCUGGAAUAAGGCCAUCAGAACUGCAACGUAAGGCUUGCUAAAUAAAGAUGGUGGAAAAUUUUUCAAAAAAAGGAACCUUUAAUUAAGCUGCUGCGUCAAUUUAGAGAGGUAUUGAACUGGUGCUGCUCGUUAAUAAAGGUAAUAUUUCAUAAUGAACGUGUGGGAAGUGUUCUGUUGCAUAAUUCAACAUUUUAAGUAUUAGUGCUAUACCACCACAGUAGCUAAUUCAGCAUUAAAUAUGUCGCCUAAAAUGUUGAUUUAAUAAGCAGUUGAACUGUUUCAUGAUUGUUGUGCUAUAAAAUGCAGUGGACCAAUUGUAACUUACAGGGAGAGUUGUGGAAGUAACGUAUGGCAUAAUUUUGGUGUUUGAUUUCUUUAUUCAUAGGUACAUUUGAAAAUUAUAAACACAAGUCUGUGAUAUGAAUUUUUGUGGUUCCAGUGCUGCUAAUUUUUUUUUCUCCAUUAGUUGCAGUGGUAUAAGUACCUAUUCUUUUUCACACACUCGCAGUUCAUGCAAAACCAAAUUUAUUUGUAGGAACUCAUUCAACUACAUAGAGCAAAAUGGUAGAUAAAAUAUUCUUGUUUACUUAUUGUGUUAUUGCAGUUAACUUACCUACAUAUAUUAUACAUAGGUGAUAAUAACAAUCUUCAAAUGUUUACUGAAUUAGUUAUUUUUAAAAUAAAACAAGAUUUUAUGUUAGGCCUAACUGUAACAAAUAGUUUUGCUUGCAAUGACAGUAAGUGGAGAAAUUAUAAUUUUUUUUUUUUAAUUCUGCUUAGCAACGUAAUUUAAGAAAAGGAGCAGUGCCUUCCUUUGUGGAGGAAGGCUUGGCGGAAGAGAAAAGGAAAACCUCAGCAUAUGGCUGCGAGUGUAGAGAAACAUGUUACUGUGACAUUCGCAGUCAACUGGAAUGAUAAUUUCUUCCCACGAUUCACGUUUUUGCAGCACACUGAGCAAACAAGCGAGUGUUGUUUCUAAUAUAGUUCACUGCUAAUGAGAUGUUAUUUUCAUUACUGUCUUAAAUUAAUUUUUUUGGCACUUGAUAUCCGGACGUAACGCUAACUUAUAGUUGCCAGCAAUUUUUUUUUUUGACAGAAAGUCAAAUUAGUAAAACGAAAAAUAUGUUUAUUCUAAGGAAUAUGUACUGAAAGGCAAUGUUCAACUGAAAAUAGACUUUUAACUUGCACAACCAUGUUCCAGGUGGUGCGUUGUCAUCUAUUUCAUGGUUGUUUUUCUUUUCCAUGGCUACGGUGGCCAAACUUCAGAUUAUUGUUUCUGAGUUUUGUUAGCCAAUAGCUCUUUUGUUGUGUAAAUAAUGCUACUUUCAAACUCUAUUUAUAUAGAAAGCACUAUGAAUUUAUCGUUGUAAAAUGCAUCUAUUUAUCGUAUUAUCUGAGUUGUUUUUUUUUACAUGAGUGAGUGAUAAAGGUUUAUUUUGUGGAUUCAAGUGACAUUGGACGUAUAUGUAACUUAGCACGCAAUGAGCACUGCUCAUUUUUGGUGAUGCAUGGAGUAAGGUGAGAGAGAUGUUUGUAGUCUAAGUAUGCAUUUAUGCUUGCCUUACAAUUAUUAUUAAUUUUGGUCUUUUUACGUGGAUGGAAUUAAAGUUAAUCUCUCCCAGUGCACAUACAGUAUCUCCAGCUGUGGGUUGUCCACAGUUGCUUGCUGUCUGGGUGCUUACUUUUAAAAUUAAAUACUUUUAAAAGAAAAUUGAUUCAAGAAUAUGCCAAAGAUAUUCACGAUAAUUUUGUAAUGUUUAUUGGUAUGAUUUAUAAACUAUGAGGGUCAUUUCAAAAGUUAAAACAAAACAUUUGUUUCUUUAGAUAUUUUUAUUUAAGGUAGAGAAAGAAAACUUAUUUUACAACAUGCCAUACAAAUUUUAACAUUUGUCAUAGCGUAUAUACUCAAUUACCAUAAAGAUAUUAAACGAGUCACUAACAUCUCCUUUCAGUUCGUUCUGACUUCCAUCUAUGGUGAAAUGUCUAUCCUGUUGAAAUUUUUUUCCUCAAUCCCUGAUAUGAGUUCGUCAGUCACAAAUGAAGGCCGGCCAAGGUGUUCAUCAUGAAUAUUCAUUUGUCUGCCGUUAAACAUGAUGCACCAUUUUCUGACUGAAGCUUUUUUCUUCACAUUACCAUAAACCUAGGUUAUCUGUCUGUAAAUUUUGAUAGAGCGAACUUCUUUCGCAUUUAUAAAGCUAAUGCACUACGAACCUCACACUUUAUGGGUUCUUUAAUUCUGUCACACAUUUCGAAGUCCCACGAUAAACAGUAAGCGACCAUUGCGACUCACUGAUACCAUCAGAAAGAAAA